UUUAGGUUAAUGUAUAAAUGUACAGAAAAUUUUCAAAUGUAAACAGCUAAUCCCGCUUUAUUAUUGUGUUUUUCGAUAGUUGUUCACAGAAAUAAACUUAAUAAACAUACCAAAAAUGUCCGAAAAAAAUAUAAACCCUUUGGAUAUAAAUGGUCAACAUUUUGAACCGAACUUGUAUCUCGAAAAGCUUUUCAAGGAAAGCACAUUAAAGCAAGUAAUGGACCAAGAAAACGAAAUAAUAAAAGAUACGCAAACGUUACAUUCAGAUAUGCAAACAUUAGUAUACGAAAAUUACAACAAAUUCAUUACAGCCACGGAUACAGUUCGCAAGAUGAAGACCGACUUCAAGAAAAUGGAAACGGAAAUGGACUUAUUGGCGCAAAACAUGGAAUCGAUAACUUCCUUCUCUCAACAAAUCUCCUCCACUUUGCAGGAUACUCGCGAGCAGAUCAGUAAGCUUUCGGGUAUACAUAGUUUGCUGAAAAGGUUGCAGUUCCUCUUUAAAUUGCCUUCCACUUUGAAGUUGAGAAUGGAAGAGAAAAAUUAUAAUCAGGCAAGUAUUGUAAUUGUUUUAAGGCGCCUACCUUGAUGUAUGAACUGAUUA